CAAGAAAUGGAUCACAGGUAUAUCUUGGGAACCAGUCCAUCUGAGUUCACCGUGCCGUCGCUUUGUGGGUUCUAGUAAAGAUGGUGAUGCACGCAUAUGGGAUGUAACACUAAGGAGAUGUGUAAUAUGUCUGAGCGGUCACACUCUAGCUGUUUCGUGUGUAAAGUGGGGAGGAGACGGUGUAAUAUAUACUGGGGUCAUGGACAUUGGGUUAACUCCCUUGCUCUGAGCACCGAAUAUGUUCUUCGGACUGGAGCUUUCGAUCACACUGGAAAACAGUAUUCAUCUGCUGAAGAAAUGAAGCAAGUUGCAUUAGAAAGGUACAAGAAAAUGAAAGGCAAUGCUCCUGAAAGAUUGGUCUCUGGAUCUUAUGAUUUUACCAUAUUUUUGAGGGAACCUUCUAUCAGCAAGCACCCAAAAACGCGAAUGACUGGUCAACAGAGGAUCAAGAUCAAGACCGUUAGAGGAUCAAGAUCAAGACCGUACUCUGCUACAUCAAAACGGUCUUACUCUGCUACGCCAAGAGUCAGCCACAAGAGAUCCUCAACUAUGAUAGAUAUAGAUCACCAGAAGACUAUUGUGAAGUAA